AUGAAAUAAUAAUUUUGUAAAGUCAAAGAUCAUGAAUAAGAAGAACAAAUAUACAUUUGUAAUCAGUUAUAAUGCAUUGACCUAAAAGAUAACAAACUCUUAUGUUAAAAAUGUUUAUGUAAUCAUAAUGGUUUGAAUUAUAACAAACUAAAAGAAAAGGCUGUAAAUUCAUUUAAUGAAUAUAAUCAAAUUUUGAAAUCUGAAAUAGAAGACAGUGAAAAAUUGAAGAAGAAUUUUGAUGACUAAAUUACAAAAAUGAAAGAAUAGAUCUCUAAAUUUUUAGAUACUUUGAACAAAAAGACUUUUUCAUUUGUAGAUAAUUAAAGUUUGAAAUUAAUAACCAAUUAAAAUAAAGCAUAAUAAUUAAUGCAAUACACUAAUCCUUCGCUUGAUACACUAAUAUUUUUUGCUUUGUUUUCAAAUUAAAAAUUAUAGAAUAAAUUGAAUUAGACAAAAUAAUAAAUGAAUAGAAUCAUUAAUGAUUUAAGUGAUGAUUUAAAUUUGAAAAUAAGAGAAUAUCUAGAGUAACCCAAUAUUAAUGAAUAUAAAAUUAUCGAACAUGAAGUACAUUCAUUUUAAAUUGAAUCAAUUUUUAAGCAAAAACUUCCUUACGGCUAUUGUAAUGAGCAUUUCUCUUAAAAAUCUUCAAUAUGUAUUCAUAAAGAAUGUCUAUAAGAAAAUAUAACCUACCAUUGUUUAAGAUGCUGUAAAACUACUCAUAUUUAACAUUUUCAAAAUGAUUAUAUAGAGGAAUAUGAAAAAUUAAAAUAAAUAUAAAAAAUAAAAUUAACAUUUUAAGAGAAUGAAAAAAUAAAAGUUAAAGAAAAUGCUCAAAAAUUAAUAGAUGAUUUAAUAAGAAAGUUAAAAAUUGAGUAAAAAGAACAAUAUAUGAAAUAUAUAAUUACAAUAGAAAAUAUAAAACAUUUAGAAUAAUAAUUUUAUAUUAAUUUAUCUAUUUAAGAUAAUAAAUAUAUAUUUGGUGAUUUGCUUAUAUCAUUAAUUACAAUUAAAGAUGAAGAAAUUUAAUCAUAAAUUAAUCAUGAAUAUCAAAACCUUGAAGAAAAACUGAAGUAUUGUAAAAUUUAGGAAGAGCAAAAAUUCCAAGAUAAAUGCAAUCUCAUUUAAUCUUAUUCAGAUAUUAUAUAUAAACUCUAAAAAGAUAAAUAAGAACUUCAAUAACUGGUAUAUUAAAAAGACUAACUUAUAAAAAAUAAUUCUUUGGAUUGUUUACUUAGCUAAAUUAAGCUGAUAAAUAUAAAUAUAGGAGAAUUGAAAAAUAUAGAUUAUAAAGUCAAUACAAAUUUUACACAAAAAAUCGAUUAGAUAUAAUAACAAUAAUAAGAAAAUUACAAAAUUUUACAAUAUGCAAAAAUGGGAGAAACUGUAUAAAAAAUUGAUAAAUUAAAAGAUGAUUUUCAUCAAAAAAUUCAGUAGUUGGAAUAAAGAUAGGAAGAAUAUUAGCAAAUGGGUUAAUAAAUAAUUGGUAUGCUGAAGAAUAUACUAGAAAUAUGCACGGCCAAUAGAAACAGAAAUAAUGGCUGGAACGGCGAUUAAUGUUAAAUUUCUUGA